GCCCCCACCGCGGCGCCCGGAGAUCACCCGCCGCCGGCGCCCGGGUCCCCGCAGGCGAGGAGCGGAAGCCGCCACCCGGAGGCGGACUCGGCGCGACUGAGCCCGGGCAGCCGCGGCAACGGCGAGGCGCGGGGCAGGGGCGCCCGGCGGACCCCGCGACCCCGAGCGAGCGGGCGCCCCGAGCGGGCAGCCCCGCCGGGGGUGGCGGCGGCAGCGGCCGUGGCGGCCGCGCUCGGGCGCCCCUCGCGCAGCGCUCCAUGCCUGUGUGGUGCUGCCGCUGCUCCCUGGCCGGUCAUUUCAGAAAUUACAGUGACACUGAAACUGAAGGAGAGAUUUUUAAUUCCUUAGUGCAAUAUUUUGGUGAUAAUCUGGGGCAAAAAGUUAAAGCGAUGCCAUUGGUUGAAGAAACUUCUUUACUCGAAGAUUCGUCAGUGACUUUGCCUGUAGUAAUAAUAGGAAAUGGACCCUCAGGAAUAUGCCUUUCUUAUAUGUUAUCAGGCUACAGACCAUAUUUAUCAUCAGAAGCAAUACAUCCAAAUACAAUUUUACAUAGUAAAUUAGAAGAAGCAAGACAUCUUUCCAUUGUUGAUCAGGACUUAGAAUACUUGUCUGAGGGCCUUGAGGGCCGAUCAUCCAAUCCAGUUGCAGUACUUUUUGACACACUUCUUCAUCCAGAUGCUGACUUUGGGUAUGAUUAUCCAUCCAUUUUGCAUUGGAAAUUAGAACAGCAUCACUAUAUCCCUCACUUAGUUCUUGGUAAAGGUCCACCUGGUGGGGCGUGGCAUAAUAUGGAAGGUUCCAUGUUGACAAUCAGCUUUGGAAAUUGGAUGGAGCUUCCUGGACUUAAAUUUAAAGAUUGGAUAUCUAACAAAAGAAGGAAUCUAAAGGGGGAUCGAGUUAUGCCAGAAGAAAUAGCUCGCUACUAUAAACAUUAUGUAAAAGUCAUGGGUCUUCAGAAGAAUUUCAGAGAGAAUACUUAUAUAACCUCUGUAUCAAGACUCUACAGAGAUCAGGAUGAUAAUGAUAGUCAAGACUCAGAUAUUUCAACAAAGCAUUUACAGAUAGAGAAGUCAAAAUUUAUCAAGAGAAACUGGGAAAUCAGAGGUUAUCAGCGAACAGCAGAUGGUUCUCAUGUUCCCUUUUGCCUCUUUGCUGAGAAUGUAGCUCUAGCAACUGGAACAUUGGAUUCUCCUGCUCAUCUCGAAAUUGAAGGGGAAGAUUUUCCUUUUGUGUUUCAUUCAAUGUCUGAAUUUGGAGCUGCUAUAAGCAAAGGAAAGUUAUGUGGCAAAGUGGAUCCAGUGUUAAUUGUAGGUUCUGGGCUCACUGCAGCUGAUGCAGUACUAUGUGCUUACAACAAUAAUAUCCCUGUGAUCCAUGUGUUUCGCAGACGAGUAACUGAUCCAAGCUUAAUUUUCAAGCAGCUUCCCAAAAAGCUUUAUCCUGAAUAUCAUAAAGUCUAUCAUAUGAUGUGUACUCAGAUAUAUUCUGCUGACUCAAAUCUUUUGUCUGAUUAUACCAGUUUUCCUGAGCACCAUGUGCUUUCCUUUAAGUCGGACAUGAAAUGCAUUCUUCAAAGCAUCUCUGGAUUGAAGAAAAUAUUUAAGCUGUCUGCAGCCGUGGUAUUGAUAGGUUCUCAUCCUAAUCUUUCUUUUCUAAAGGAACAAGGGUGUUACCUAGGCCAUAACUCAAGCCAGCCAAUCACAUGUAAGGGUAAUCCUGUGGAAAUAGAUGCAUAUACCUAUGAAUGUGUUAAAGAAGCCAACCUUUUUGCAUUGGGCCCUUUGGUCGGAGACAAUUUUGUUCGAUUUCUAAAGGGAGGAGCAUUGGGUGUUACACGCUGUUUAGCUACAAGACAGAAGAAAAAGCAGCAUUUGAUUGUUGAAAGAGGAGGAGAAGAUGGGGUAGCUUAAAACAAGUUUACAAAUAAUUUAAAUGGACACUUUACCAUUAAAGAUUUUUUAAUAGUGGUUUUGCAGUGUACGGCUUGAAUUUUCUGGACUUGAAUUAACUGGAGGAGAGCCUCAAGCUAUAGUAACUUCAUUUUUUAAAACUACCACAACUUGGCUUACUGAUUUAUAUUAUAAUGUAUCAGAGAUGUCCCUGUCAGAGAAAUAGAAACACUGCCAACUUGGUUUACUUCAAGCUUUCACUUAACUAAAACAUUCUUUUCUUCUAAGACUUAUUUUUUGUGAUCAUUUUUGGUUAUUUAUUUGAUUGCAAAAUAUUACAACCUGGAGACUAUAAAACCGUACACUUGUUAGGCCAGAUAUUGUCCUAGUGAGGAUACAUUUGGGUCACUUUGCUGCUCCGGGGUGGUCCAAGGCUCAGCAGCAUCAGCUUUAUCUGUUGCUUGUUAGAAGUGUACUGUCAGGCCCCACAACCUGCUUGCUUAAUGGGAAAUAGGUAUGCUCAUUAAAGGUUGAGGCACACUGGCCUGAAUGAAAAUGGGGAUAUACGAUAUGUGUGCUAGGGUAGGGUAGGGGGGGAGAGGCAUUUUCAACUCAGGUUUUAUUUAUUUUGAAAUUAUCAGUUUUAUAAAUAAUUUAUUACCAAAUAUGAUCGUCUUUUAAAAAUAUUUUUAUUGAAUCCUUGAUAGGUACUUAAUUUUCUUAACUUCUAAUAAUUUAAACAUUCCAAUAAUGUUGGUAGACACCUUGACAUCCAAGAGCCCAUUAUGACUAUUUUUCAGGUUUAUUCUCUACUUAAUCAUCAUAACAUCUAAUUAAUCUGAUUUAUAAUUCAAUAAAUUGUGGAUGGAACUACUUACCUUUGUGUGAACAUUGAGUAACUAAUUUCUGUCACUGAAACUAAGAUAUUUGGGUAUGACCUUAUAAAAUUGUAAUACCAUUUGGAUAUUGACAAUUAUUAAAGGUUAAUUUGGAAAAUAAGAUUAUUUUCCAUUCCCAAGGUGAUUAUUACUUUGACAUCUCUAAUAGUGUUUGUUCAUUGGAGAAAACAUAGCAGCUAAUUCCAUGGUUAUUUAUUGGAUUUAUCUGCUGUAAUAAUUCUGAUUUAUAUGUUUUGUGCUUCAUGUCUGUAUUUCCAUACAUCACCAGAAUUUUUAAUGUUAGGUAAGUUUUCUGAAGUUCUUCUUGGAAAAUUGAAUUUUUCAGCCUUUUUUUUUCUUUCUCUUUUUGCACAGUUAUUUCAUCUGGAAUGUGCUCAUUGAACUUCUUUUUCUUAGAAUUAAAAAUAGUGGACUAAUGUGUCCAUAUUUUUCUCCAUUUUAUUGCAGUGCUAUGUGCUUAGUUUACAGGAUCAUAAUUUACCUUAAAUAUAAUUAUUCAGAAUAUAUUUGUUUCUACCAACAGGUUGCUUUAGGUGAACUCUUACUCUUUUAACUUCAUUUUAUAACUGCAAUCCAGUUUUAGUUCCCUAUUAUGGUAACUUUUUUCAAACUAAUUUCACACCUUAUUGAAAUAUCGUUAACAUCUUCUGACCGCGCUUGAUACAAAGUACUCUUGUGUUUGCCUAUUUUUGUUCUCUGAAUGAGUUGGAUUGGAUAAAUUUAAGUGACUAGUAUAAAGAUUGUUUCUAGGGAAGGAUGAGACCUGUAGACAUCUCCUUAUAUCUCAGAAGGCUGCUUUAAUUGAACCUAUAACAUUUUUGUAAUGAGAGUAUUCCUUUUCUAAACAAGGCUUCAGGGAAAGUAAAGCUUCAGUAAAACCCUAAAUAAAUGUAGUGGAUAACUUCAUCUCUGACAAUCUCCAAUUUCCCACAUCUCCCUCAAUCCUGCUAUCCUAUGCAACAUAUGACACUAAAGUCUUUUCUCUGAUGUAUUAUACUUCUCUGCUUUUUAACUUUAUUAAUUUCUGUUCCAUAAUUCCAGAUCUCUGCUUCUAUUUCAGUAUAAGCCAACUAUUAAAGGAAAGGAAAAUUACUAAAUACUUGAGUAGACAUGGACUGAUGUGAACAUCUUAUUUCUCCAAGUCUAUCUUGGUUUAUGGCAAAUGGUCCAUACUUGUCGAAAGAAAGUCUAUAGUGCACAACCUAUUGAGGAUUUUAAAACAUUAUAAAAUGAUAAAAAUCAGAUUUAGUUACAGCUUUCAGUGUCUUGGGUAUGUGAACUCAGCAACUGUACUUUUUUUCAAAAUCUAAUUUUUAUCAUAUGUUUCCAUGGCAUCAAAUUUUAGUUAGCAAUUUUUUUUAAACUGAAAGAUUAUUUUAAAAUAUGUCAGAAGUGGUGAAAAAUUCAAAAUAAACCCUAUUAUUAAAUAAAAACAAGUUCUAUUAAGUUCCACCUUCUGGAAACCAGAACCCUGAAUGAAAUGAAAUAGGAUGAAUUUAAAUGUCAUUUUAUCAUCCAGUGUCAUUAUAGGACUGCUUGUUGCAUAAAGCUAUUUUGACCACAUCAGAUCAUAUAGUCUUUACAAAAACUCCAUUCUAUACAUUCUUGGGGUUGGGGUAAAGGGCCAUGGUUCCCAAAGUGAGCCUGAAGAGAGGAUGUGGAAGAAGAUAAAACAUUCUACUGAUCCUUAAUCUGAUACUGAUACUGAUCUCCACCCAGGUUUUUCAAGAACAGUGGUGUCUUUGGAAAAGAAGCAGGGCAAAGUAGAUACAGAACAAACCAAAAAGAGAAGGAAAAAAACCUUCAAUUUAAAAAUUGAAACCAAAAAGAAGGCUUCCUGAUUCCAGCCAUGGAGUAGUGAUAAUCAUAAAAGUUUAAAAAAUAUAUAAAGCAGUAUUUACAAUGAAUAAUAGUAUAGGACUGAUUCUUAAUAAAUGAGAUUUUUUUUCUGUAAAUACGAUGACUCUCUGCCUGUUGGCACUUUGUAAACUAACACACAAAAUAGACUGUCUGGGUGGGAGAAAACAGUUCAGGUUCCUGUUGGAAUUUGCUGAGCUGAGUACUGGAGAGGAGAAAGCUGCACAGAGAAUCCCCAGAAAUUAACAAUGAUUUCCCUAACAUCUGGCUCAAUACUAUGUAAAGUGAGUGCAGAGUGGAAAACCAUGGAGCCUGGGAGCAAUCAGCAAGUGUAAGCCAGGCCAGAUGGAGAUUCUGGAGGCAUGUGUUUCUGGAAGACAAGAGUUCUAACCAGCCAAGGGAGAUGGACCUUGCCGGACAUUCCAGGUAUUCAAUUGAAAGCUCCAAAAGGCCAUGUCUUGAGGAUAGGGUUACUGUAACCCUGCCUAAAACUUAGACCUCAACAGGAUUUAGCAGAUCUGACAGUAAGUUAGCUACCUGCCAGCACAAAACUUAACAUUCUUUAAAGGAAUAUAAAAUCCAGACUCUCAACAUAGUGUCCACAAUGUCCAGCAUACAGUAAAAUUAUUAAGUGAGGAAAAAAAAAAUGGGACCAACAACCAGGAAAAAAAAUAAGCAAUCAAAACAGACCUAGAGUUGAUACAGAUGUUAGAAAUAGCAGAUACGUACUUUAAAAGUUAAUAUAAAAGGUUGACAAUUUAGUGGAAUCUCAAAUUUUUAAAUGAAAUUUUACAAAUGAAAAAUUUUCUGAAACGAAAAAUUCAUUGGAUGAGCAUAACAAAGGACAGUGCAGGAGAUAAUGCACAUUAAUGGCAGAGGUUAAAAAUGAUUAAUACGAAAUACAGAGGUAAAAGGACAAAACUAGCAGAGUUAAUGACUUAGGGGAUGAUGUCAGUGGUCUAAUGUUGAAAUCUAGAGAGAAGAAGAGAGGUGAGUAUCAAACACUUCUAUAAAUGUUUUAAAGUGCUGAGGUGAAAGUGCAAAAUCACCAUGAUUAUAUCCAGUGAAAAUGUCCUUCCAAAAGUGGAAUAAAGACAUUUCAAGUUGAGAAAAUGUGAUAUCAAGAUACUGGCACUAUAAGAAAUCUUAAAGGAAGUUCUUCAUACUCAUCGAAGGUCCAUCGUACCUAGUGAAACAUGUAUGUGAAGGAAAGAGGAGUGCCAGAAAUGGUAAACAGAAGUUUCCUAAAUUAUUUAAAAUCUAAUUGUUGAAAAUGUGUAACCAUAAACAGUUUAAUACAGAUUUAAGAAUUGUGACAUUUAGGAUACACAGAAAAAAUAUCUGACAAUGAUAGUAAAAAUUACAGAAGUAUACUUUAUAAGGUAUAUACAUUAUACAUGAAGUGGUAGUUGGUGGUAGAUUGAUAAGAAUGCAUAUUCUUAUAGAAACUACUGAAAAAAGACAAAAAGUUGACAGGAGAUAAAAUGGAAUACUAAAAUACUAAAGCAGAAAGGAAAGAAGAAAAACAGUCUUAAUAGGAUAGAGAGAAGACAAGUGUGAUGACAGACUCCAAUCCAGCCAUACCAUACCAAAUAGUUACAAUGGAUAUAAGUGGAUUAAAUAUCAUCGAUUCAAAGGCAAAGAUCAGACUAAAUAAAAGGGUCUCGCUAACAUUUGCUUAGGGCCUCGUUAAUUUGCUGACACUGGUCUUGAACUUGCAAACCUCUUGGCUUAGCCUCCUAUGCCUCUGGAAUUACAGGCCUGUGCCACUGUGGCUGAGUGAACUUUCAACAAUAAAGUAAUAACAAGAGACAAAUGUUAAACCAAUCAUUCUUAGGUAAAAGGAUGGGCAAAGACACCAUGUAAACAGUAAUAAAGACUUCAAGAGUAUUACUAAAGAUAGGUGUUUCAUAACAAAAGAUCUAUCUUACAUGUAUAUGUAGUUUAUUACUGAUUUUUAAGGUAUAUGAAGCAAAACAAAACAAUAGAAAAGUAGAGAAAUUCACAGUUACAGGAGAUGUUAUUCCUUUCUGAGUAACAAAAAGAUGCAAAAUCAGAAAGAGAAGAUUUUAGCACACCUACUUCCUAAAUUGUAGAAUACACGUGGAACAUUUACAAACAGAACAAUCUUAUGCUUCCCAGCAAAUUUCAAAAAAUUUCAAAAGAUUUAAAACUUACUGAAUAUGAUCUUAAUACAGUGGAAUUUAAUUUAGGAAUAGUAACAAAAGUAAAUAGCAAUUACAUUUUUUGAUGGAUGGAAAAAUGUGUGAACUACAUGUGUGAAUGAUGAAAUCACAAGAAAAUUAGGACAUUUUGAACCUGGAUAUCAACAACAAAAAAUAUAAAUGUCACAUUCAGCUAGAGCAGUGACCAGUGAAAUUUAUAGUUCUAAUACUGAUAAUUAGAAGACAAGUUUAAAAAUCAAUGAUCUGCAGGGGCUAGAAAAAUCAGCACAUGAAACCCAAAGUAGAAGGAAUGAAGUAACAAGGGAAAACAGCAAUGAAAUGUUUUUUGAAAAAAAUUUUAACAGUAUCAACAACCUCUAGCUAGACUGGAAAAAAAAAAAAAAAAAAAAAAACCAAAAACU